AUGUUUGCCACACAUAGGAGUAGUCUGACCGAGGUGCGGGGCGGCCACAUGGGCAGUCGCCGCCUGAGCCGGCAAAUGAGUGUUCCCCCUGUCGACAACCUCCAGAUGCCCAAGCCCGGGGGUGGCGGUGGAGGGGUGCCGCCUGGGAGUCGAGAUGGCAGCGGGAUACGGCGGAGCAGCAGUAUCAGCAGCGGUGGCGGCGGCUCUGGAGGCAAGAUGCUGUCCCUGUCAUCCAUGAGCGAGAGCGUGCGCAGUGGCCUAAGUUGCUUCCUGUCGGAGCAGGCGCUGGAGCAGGAGGAGAGGCAGCAGCGCAGCAACCAGCUGGCUGAGUUCCAACGCCUGCGGGAGGUUCGCGCUGCCGCUCAGCUCAAAAACCUUGAGGACUUCCUCAAGAUGAACCAUGUGUCACUCAGGGAAUGUGUGUCUUAUACGACUGGCAUGAGGUACAGAAAUCUGGGAAAAUCUGGACUGAGGGUGUCUUGUCUUGGAUUAGGCACGUGGGUUACAUUUGGAGGCCAGAUAACAGAUGAGAUGGCCGAGGAGCUGAUGACGUUAGCGUAUGAGAACGGAAUCAAUCUCUUCGACACAGCUGAGGUGUAUGCUGCUGGAAAGGCUGAGGUUGUCUUAGGAAGUAUCAUCAAGAAGAAAGGAUGGAGGCGUUCCAGUUUAGUCAUCACCACCAAGAUCUUCUGGGGAGGAAAGGCAGAAACAGAAAGAGGCUUGUCUAGAAAACAUAUCAUUGAAGGUCUGAGAGCUUCACUGGAGAGACUUCAGCUGGAGUACGUAGAUGUGGUUUUCGCAAACCGGCCAGAUCCUAACACACCAAUGGAAGGAGAGCCAUUUCAAACCUCAAAGUCCAGAACAUUCAUCAUAGAAGAGACGGUAAGGGCGAUGACCCACGUGAUCAACCAGGGGAUGGCCAUGUACUGGGGCACGUCACGGUGGAGCGCGAUGGAGAUCAUGGAGGCGUAUUCUGUGGCACGGCAGUUCAACCUGAUCCCACCAAUCUGCGAGCAGGCUGAAUACCACAUGUUCCAGAGAGAGAAGGUGGAGGUUCAACUCCCUGAACUCUUCCACAAGAUAGGCGUGGGAGCCAUGACAUGGUCUCCUCUGGCCUGUGGAAUCAUCUCAGGAAAGUACGACAGUGGGGUUCCCCCUUACUCACGUGCCUCACUUAAGGGUUACCAGUGGAUGAAGGAUAAGAUCCUGAGUGAGGAGGGGCGCCGUCAGCAGGCGAAGCUGAAAGAGCUGCAGGCCAUCGCUGAGCGGCUGGGCUGUACUCUGCCUCAGCUUGCUAUUGCUUGGUGCCUGAGGAACGAGGGGGUGAGCUCCGUCCUGCUGGGAGCCUCCAGCACCGACCAACUAAUGGAGAAUAUAGGGGCAAUACAGGUCCUUCCAAAGUUAUCAUCGUCCAUUGUGCAUGAGGUGGAUAGCAUCCUGGGGAACAAGCCCUACAGUAAAAAGGACUACAGAUCCUAGAAGCACCAGUGGGGGGCCGUCAACAACUGGAGCUUGAGAUCAGCCUCUGUUUUUGCGCCAGCUGCUUAUGAAUGAGAUACACCAACGCACAUAGGAAACAUAUAGCCAUUUGACAGAGUGUAACAAGCAUUGAGCAGAAUAGAAAACAAUGAAUAGAAUUCCCCAAAGAGAUGCAGCAGGGGUAGCAAGCAGAGAAUGCCCCAUUCUUCAAGGAACCAGAUUCACACAUAGGCAUAUGAUUGAAGACAUUUAAGUUUGCUCUGUAUUGUCCCCUAUUUAACACUUGCAAGUUAUAGAAUAUGCAUUACAGUUUUUAUAAGUUGAAUUGCCUCUCAGCUGGAAAAAAAGAAACAGAAAAAGAUCACAGAAAACAAUGAAACACUUUGCCAUGUUCCCAUUAGCUGAAUCAUUGAUGCACUUUAGAAAGCUAUACCAAAUCUGACUGCAACAUGCCAAGGCAACAGCAGACAGACAAUGAAGAAUAGUGUCAACAUAUUCUUUGCAGCAUCCUGUGUCAUGCCACUGAUUAAAAUUUUGACAGGUUUUGUAAACCCACGGUGUGUAACACAUGCACAAAGCAUAAUGUGGUCAUGCAUUUUCCACUUAACGUUACGGACAAACAGGCUUGCUUUGUCAGCCGUAACAGUAGGUUACAUUUGGAAAAGUAAGCUUUUUAGGUGCAUCAAUUUGUUCAGUCACACAGGCGUGUUUCAUUUCUAUUUUUGCGCAUCAUCAAUGUCUGUUCUGUUCUUGCCACAACUGUACAAAUGGUCUGUUCCUUAAAGUUGCUGCUCCAAGCCAUGUACAAACCAAGUAAUGGCCUCUACAGAGCGCCUCCACUAACUCUUGUCACUUCCAAUAAUGGCUAUGUUGCGUUAAGUGCUUUUAACAUUUCCAUCCGUUAUUGCACAAGACAGUUUCCACAAAGUAGCACACUAGCAUUGCGGUUAUGUCACACAGAGGGGCACAGUGCAGCGCAAGCUGACAGCAGUGAUGGUCCAGUGUUUCCACCAUAGCCACGAGCAUAUUCUCACAUUAGACUCCUCCACAUGCAGAAGAGUUUUUCAUGUGCAUAUUUUUUUUGUUUGUCUGAUUCAGAUAUGAUACCCUGCUGUCAUGCAUAUCUCUGGACAGAAAAAAUACAACAUAUUGAUGCAGACCUGCUUUGACUUUGAACAUAGAAAGUUCAAAAUCCACCAUAGGCUCAUUUCUGUGCAGAUUGAGCCCUGCAUGGCAGCUGCUGGGCCUCUAGCCCCAUCCAACAAAGGAACCCUCCUUUAACCACACACCUGGAAAAACAGUUGAAUUUUGAGGAGAUGAAAUGGCUCAAUCAAGACAGUUUUUUUAGGCAUGCACAGCACUUUUCUGACUGUACUGUCUGUGUGGAAAAGAAUAACUUGCUGUAAAGCUAAAUAUGUGUCUGUGUGUCUACAGCUGGAUGUGUCUGAAUGAGUGUCUUGCAUUUUAGAAUGGGUUUCCGUCAUUUCUGUCAUAUGACAAGAAACGUGCUCAUUCCUGUCAAAGCCAAAGACACCACUAAUCCCUUUAUACUCUAACACAGCAUAUGAGACUGCUUAAAUUUACAUGUACAUCAUGCUUUACUGCGUUGUAGAAAUGCACUGAGUUUUGCUUCUAAGCUGGUUGGAGAACUGCUGUUGUGCUGAUGAAAGAGAGCUCCAUAAGCUGUGUGGUCUCCAUGCACCAUGUCAUGCGUGCUGCUAAAGAUGAUAUACAGAGCAUUAUGAGGCUUGACGUCUUUUUAAUGUGGCUUAGAUGGUGUGGGGGAAAUGUGAAUAUCGGAAACAAAAGUGCAGCAGCCUCUUUUGCUGCUGUAAGUGUUUCACUUCAAGGUGGAGUCCUGUUUUGGUGAGCUGACAGAGCUGUUGAUGAAAACUGAUAUUUGAUGGCUGUGGUUGUAGGUAAAGUGUGUUAUCACUACAUUUAGUGUGGUGGCUUCCCAUGUCUCAGAGCUGCAUUCAUCUAUAGCACUUUCUCUUGGGUUUUGGCACCCUCUUCAGGCGAAGCAAUCACUCAUUCUCAUGCUUCACUGUAAGGAAGAACGCAUGUGUCACAUCAGUUAAAGGAAAACUCCACCCUAAAAUGCUUAACUACUGUUUAAAGAGCGGCUGCUGUCAAUGUCCCUUGCCCUUCCUGGGUCCUUUUCUUGUUAAGUGUUUUUUUUUUUUUUUUUUUUUUCUUAUUUUGUGCAUAUUUUGGCCAAACAUAGCUGUCGUGAACACAGUAAAGUUAAGGUCAGAUUUGUUUGUUUGUAUGUCAGGUUUUGGUGUAUGAAUCAGUCUAUGAAUCAAAGAGUAGUGGCUUCUUUUUAGACCCACUGUUUUGUAUCAGUGUUUGACAAUCGUACAGGGAGGAAUCAGCUGUAAAGGAGGCACAGGUACAAAUCUCCUUACUGACAGUAGCCUCGGUUGUCCCUAAUGCAAGUCACAAGGUACAAAUCUCAUUUAUUUCUCUUGCUCUGCUCGCUAUUGCUCUUCUCAUCUACACAUGUAAACCAAAAAGUAUACCCCCCUGCUCAGGGGUACCCGAAGUAGAAGUAGAUGCAGGAGUGAAAAUGGGUACACUUCAUCACACAAACUCUGGAGAUGCGUUUAACACCAAAGGUUUAUUCGGUAUAACAAUGGAAGCAAAUCUGAAGGUGGAAUUAUCCCUCACUGCAGGUAUUAGAUGCCUCAUGUUAAAUGCCUUGCAGCAGAAUAACACUAAAUGAGCCACGAUUAUUUCAUGCUAUUAGAGCAUAUAUGCAUGGCAUAAACGCAGACUUGUUUUACGUCAAGGUUUUUUAAGAUGUCAUACCUCAGGGCAACUUUCCCCAGAGACAAAAACAUGAGAUGCGAACAGUUGUGGGCAUUCGCACCCUGUCCUGUGACAAGCUGACAACAUCUGAGCGCUCGCCUUGCUUCUGGAGCUCAUUCUGAGUCUGCCUUUGUAGCCAAACACAUUCCCUUUUUUGAUUUUGUACCCAUUUGUCUUUGUCAGGUACAUUUUUGAAAUUGAAGAUGCUGUGUAAGUUGGUGAAAGCGUUAAAUAUGACAAAUGAAAUCCUGUGGCUGACUGUAAAAUCAUGAGAUGGGCAUGUGUGGGCAUGUGAGCUACUGUGGAGGACCUCCAUCAGCUUCGCAGCUCCCAGCCAUAGAUAUGAGUGACUUGAGCGUUAAUCUUAUCAGACCAAUGAUGAAUGCGCUUUCAGAACAGCUUAACCUAACAGCUCAACACAGAGGCCUGGAGGACAUGUGGGGUUUCUAGAUACUGUAAUUGUUUAAACUUGGCAUGAAACUAAGCACUCAAACUGACUGCACAUUCAUGGUUGUAUGGAAAUGUCUCUAUAAAAUCUGUCUUUACUGCUUUGUUUUGUUUGCAAAUGCUAUUGAAGUUUUCCACUCACCAAAGCUCCAUCAUGAUGAGGAACUUGUAGGCAACGUGUGGUAUACUGUACAUGGUGGUGGUCUCUGUAUGUGCAAGUGUGACUCCCCUCUUGGUUGAACUUGAGAAUGGCAGAAUGUUUGUAGCAUGUCUCAUUUUUUUUUACCCCCAAAACACUGGUUAUCGCCCCCUUGGUCCAGGGAGCUACAAGGCAUGGCACAUAGAAACUAAUAUAAUCCAGAUAAAAGUCACGACUAUGCCAUCGAUAAUCAUCUCUUCAAUUCCUUCACAUGGUCCCUCACUGGUCAAGGCAGCUGAACAUUUCUAGCUAUGAAGACACUAAGUAACACACAACCAUUUUGGUCUGUUGAAGCUACUAUAACAGCAAACAACUGUAUGCUAAUCUGUAUCCUAACAUAGUAAUCUAACAUUUCAAGCAUCAAAAACAGAAAAUGCACAAGGUUAUUUCAUGGUCUUAUUUUUCUAACCCACACAAAUAAUCCGCAGCAGGGGAGUAUGUAUUAUAAGUCCAUUAGCUACUUGUACUUUUACAGUUUCUCUAAAUCGGAUACUCUGUAAUCUAUAUAGUCUAGAAGAGUGUAUAUAUUGGAUUGAUUGAUUUUUUUUUUUUUUUUUUUAAACAUUUUGUUUUGUUUUGUUUGCAAGCAUUGCUUACUGCAUUGUGAUUGAGACAGAAGCUAUGGUUAUAUGUUAAGCCUGAGAACUUGUAAAAAUUGAAACAAAUGCUAUAAAGAAAACAUUUUGACUUUA